UUUGGGCUAGUGAGCGAUGCUUCCACUUCUAGCGUAGCCAUCUGUUUUUCUGGUUGCGUGGAAAGGACGAUCAACAAUCUAGAACUGGGUAUAAAUUGCUUGUCGAUUUAUUCGCUGACACAGAAAAGAGGGACAGCUAUAAACCCAUGCUUUGAUUAUGCUUUGCUAAACAGGCUCUCAUUAAGAAACAAAAGGAGGAGGAAAUUUCGUAUUUCUUUGUCUUUUUUCUUUUUCUGGUGUUGGAAAGAGUGAUGGGCGAAGGAGACGAUCCACAGUCGCCACUUCUCGAGAGCGUCUCCUCGCACAGUGCAUCAGAAGAAGCGCCUCUCAAAAGGACUGGGACACAAUGGACUGCGGUGGCGCAUAUUAUAACCGGAGUAAUUGGGGCAGGAGUGCUUUCUCUGGCUUGGAGCACGGCUCAACUUGGUUGGGUUCUUGGUCCCAUUUGCAUAUUAAUCUUUGCAGCCAUUACUGUGGUUUCCACAUUUCUUCUGUGUGAUUGCUACAAGUACCCUGACCCAGAACACGGAACCAUCAGAAAUCGAUCUUACAUGCAAGCUGUGAAGCUUUAUUUAGGAGAGAAGCAGCAGUGGAUAUGUACAGUGUUUGCGACGGAAAGCUUAUACGGAUGUGGGAUCGCUUAUACAAUAACAGCUGCUGCCAGUGUAAGGGCAAUCCUGAAGUCCAACUGUUAUCACCGGGAAGGUCAUGAUGCUCCGUGCGUUUACGGAGAUAGUGUCUACAUGCUUCUAUUUGGUUUAGUUCAGAUAGUAAUGUCACAGAUUCCAGAUUUCCACAACAUGGCUUGGCUUUCAGUUGUUGCAGCAGUCAUGUCUUUCUCCUACUCCUCGAUCGGGCUUGGACUUGGCUUGGCAAAAGUAAUAGAAAAUGGAACAAUCAAGGGAACGAUCACAGGAGUCUCAGCUUCGAGCAUUCUUGACAAGUUAUUGUUAGCCUUUGAAGCACUCGGAGACAUUGCCUUUGCGUACCCUUAUUCUAUUAUUGUCUUCGAGAUACAGGACACCUUGAAGUCCCCUCCCCCAGAAAAUCAGACGAUGAAGAAGGCCUCGAUGUAUGCGAUCGUCAUAACCACCGCCUUUUACUUAUGCUGCGGAUGCUUUGGAUAUGCAGCAUUCGGCGACAGCACCCCAGGCAAUCUAUUAACUGGAUUCGGGUUCUACGAGCCAUACUGGCUCGUUGACCUUGCCAAUGCUUGCAUUGUGCUUCAUCUGGUUGGAGGAUAUCAGAUCUUCAGCCAGCCUGUCUUCGCGAUGGGGGAGAGAUGGUUCGCGUACAAAUUCCCCAACAGCGGGUUCGUGAACAAUUACUACUCGUGCAAGCUCCCCCUACUGCCAGAGCUCCAGCUGAACCUCUUCAGGCUGGUCUUCAGGACGUUGUACGUGGUGUCUACGACCGCGCUCGCGGUGCUCUUCCCUUACUUCAACUCGGUCCUGGGGGUGCUGGGGGCGCUCAACUUCUGGCCCCUGGGGAUAUACUUGCCCGUGGAGAUGUACUUCAAGCAGAAGAAGAUCAGGAAAUGGUCGAGGGAGUGGAUUUUCUACAGGUCGUUCAGCAUGUUUUGUCUGUUGAUCACCAUAGUGGGAUUCAUCGGGUCGGUUGGAGAGCUCGUGAUUGACGAGCUCAGCUGAGAACCUACUACUCCAGCCUCAUUUCUUUCUAUUUUAUCCUCCCCCCCCCUUUUUUUAAUUCUUUUUUGGAGAUGGAAGGAGACUUUUUGCAAGUUGCUGAUACUAUAUUGAUAUAUAAACAGAAAGAAAUCUUCUCUGUCGUAGUUUCCGAGGUA